UUCAUAUCCCCCGCCUUCAUCAUCACAUACAUAAUUUUGAAGUUUAUGCUAGUUAAAAGAAAUGGUCUAUAAAUCCAAAAAUUAUGAUAAAAAACUAAAAUCGAAUGAGAAGCAGAAGAGGGGAUUAUGGUCACCGGAAGAAGAUGAAAAGUUGAGGAAUUAUGUCUUCAAACAUGGCCAUGGAUGCUGGAGCACUGUUUCUGUCAAAGCCGGGUUACAGAGGACCGGGAAGAGCUGCAGAUUAAGAUGGGUUAAUUACUUAAGGCCUGGAUUAAAGAAAGGAUUACUCACAAAAGAAGAAGAAGAUAUUGUUCUCUCUCUCCAUAACAAGUUGGGCAACAGGUGGUCUCAAAUAUCGAAAUAUUUACCGGGACGAACGGACAAUGAGAUAAAAAAUUAUUGGCAUUCUUACUUGAAGAAGAGAAUAAUCACUGCGGUGAAAACCACGAGCACUCCAAACUCUAUGUAUCAACCGACGUAUUCGCCCUCAAACUCACUCGAAACCCUAAUGACGACUCAAACUUCGCCGCAAAAUACCGUUGGAGGAUCGUCACCGAGCGACCCUAGAGAACAUAAUAUCGUUAGUCCGCACCAAAUAUCGACGACCUAUCUGCCGAGACUUAUGUUUGCGGAAUGGUUCUCGCCCGACUUCGCAACGAAUGGACCGACCCGAGAAUCUAAUAUUCAAGAUUUCAUCCUACAAGAUUGUUUACUCGACGAAACAUUUGACAACAGUUACUCCGCCGCUAUCGGCUCUAUUGACAACAUCGUGCCAGAUUCACGGUUCUGGCCGAAUGACGAGACAACUUCAAAUGAGUUUUGUAACUCGUUUUCGGACAAUAUUUAUAUUCAUGAGUCUCGUAUGCAGUAACACGUGACGUGAUGGAAAUGAGGUGAAUUAGGACAAAAGCUUCGGAAGGAAUAAGUUUGGGAUUAAUUUCGAAAGAAUAGAGAGUGUGUAGACGUGCAAUGAUAAUAUGUAUAUAUGGGAACAAAAUGAUUUCACAAUAAAUGAUACAGUCAAGUACC